GUCAAAACGAGCUACGUGUCAGGAAGAAGUGGAGCGACUGGACGGGCGAUCACGGCCAGGCAACAAAAGUCAGCUUGCCUGCAGCAGUUCAGUGGAGUUUAUUGGGAUAGUAUUAAAAUAAAUAAGCUACAGUGCUGAAGUGGAACGAUGUUGACGAAAUUUGAAACAAAGUCGGCCCGUGUUAAAGGCCUGAGUUUCCACCCCAAAAGGCCGUGGGUUCUUGCAAGUUUACACAAUGGAGUCAUCCAGUUAUGGGACUAUCGGAUGUGCACACUGAUUGACAAGUUUGACGAGCACGAUGGCCCUGUCCGAGGAAUAGACUUCCACAAACAGCAGCCUCUGUUUGUGUCCGGAGGCGAUGACUACAAAAUCAAGGUAUGGAACUAUAAGCUCAGGCGCUGCCUCUUCACCCUCCUGGGCCAUCUGGACUAUAUCAGAACCACCUUCUUUCACCACGAGUACCCUUGGAUUCUGAGUGCCUCUGAUGACCAGACCAUUCGGAUCUGGAACUGGCAGUCCAGGACUUGUGUCUGUGUGCUGACAGGCCACAAUCACUAUGUGAUGUGCGCCCAGUUCCACCCGUCCGAGGACCUGGUGGUGUCAGCCAGUCUGGACCAAACCGUGCGAGUGUGGGAUAUCUCUGGUCUGAGGAAGAAGAACCUGUCGCCGGGCGCCGUGGAGACCGAGGUGCGAGGCAUCUCCGGCGUUGACUUGUUUGGCGCGUCGGACGCCGUCGUUAAGCACGUGCUUGAGGGUCAUGACCGCGGGGUCAACUGGGCAGCUUUCCACCCCAGCAUGCCCCUCAUUGUGUCUGGGGCCGAUGACAGGCAGGUCAAGAUCUGGAGAAUGAACGAGUCUAAGGCGUGGGAGCUGGACACCUGCCGCGGACACUACAACAACGUGUCCUGCGCCGUCUUCCACCCGCGCCAGGAGCUCAUCCUGUCCAACUCCGAGGACAAGAGCAUCCGGGUGUGGGACAUGUCCAAGAGGACCGGAGUGCAGACCUUCCGGCGUGACCACGAUCGCUUCUGGGUGCUGGGAGCUCACCCAAACCUCAACCUGUUUGCUGCUGGUCAUGACAGUGGGAUGAUUGUGUUCAAGCUGGAGCGUGAGCGUCCAGCGUACGCCGUGCACGGCAACAUGCUGUACUACGUCAAGGAUCGCUUCCUUCGCCAGCUGGACUUCAACAGCAGCAAAGACACCGCUGUCAUGCAGCUUCGCAGUGGGUCGAAGUUUCCUGUGUUCAGCAUGUCCUACAACCCUGCUGAGAACGCUGUCCUGCUCUGCACUAGAGCAACCAACUUGGAGAACAGCACCUACGACCUGUACUCCAUCCCCAAAGAGAGUGACUCUCAGAAUCCCGAUGCACCGGAGGGGAAACGAUCCUCUGGCUUGACAGCAGUCUGGGUGGCCCGGAACAGGUUCGCCGUCCUGGACCGCAUGCACUCCUUGCUGAUUAAAAACCUGAAGAAUGAAAUCGUGAAGAAGGUCCAAGUGCCGAGCUGCGAGGAAAUCUUCUAUGCGGGAACCGGCUCGCUGCUGCUGCGCGACGCCGACGGCGUCACGCUGUUCGACGUGCAGCAGAAACGCUCCCUGGCCACCGUCAAGAUCGCCAAGGUCAAGUACGUGGUGUGGAGCGCCGACACCAGCCACGUCGCCCUGCUGGCCAAACACGCCAUCAUGAUCUGCAACCGCAAGCUGGAGAGUCUGUGCAACAUUCAUGAGAACAUCCGAGUGAAGAGCGGAGCCUGGGAUGAGAGCGGAGUCUUCAUCUACACCACCUCCAACCACAUCAAAUACGCCCUCACCUCCGGCGACCACGGCAUCAUCCGGACUCUGGAUCUGCCCAUCUAUGUGACCCGUGUGAGAGGGAACAGCGUGUACUGCCUGGACAGGGAGUGCCGGCCUCGCGUCCUCACCAUCGACCCCACCGAGUACCGCUUCAAACUGGCCCUGGUCAACCGCAAGUACGAUGAGGUGCUCCACAUGGUGCGCAACGCCAAGCUGGUGGGCCAGUCCAUCAUUGCCUACCUGCAGAAGAAGGGCUACCCCGAGGUGGCGCUGCACUUCGUCAAGGAUGAGAAGACCCGGUUCAGCCUGGCUUUGGAGUGCGGCAACAUCGAGGUGGCGCUGGAAGCAGCCAAAGCUCUGGAUGAGCGCAGCUGCUGGGAGCGUCUGGGCGAGGCGGCCCUCCUGCAGGGUCACCACCAGGUUGUGGAAAUGUGCUACCAGAGGACCAAGAACUUCGACAAGCUCACCUUCCUCUACCUCAUCACCGGCAACUUGGCCAAGCUGCGCAAGAUGAUGAAAAUCGCCGAGAUCCGAAAGGACAUGAGCGGCCACUACCAGGCGGCCCUGUACCUGGGAGACGUCAGUGAGAGGGUCCGCAUUCUGAAGAACUGUGGGCAGAAGUCUCUUGCUUACUUGACUGCUGCCACACACGGGCUCGAUGAGGAAGCUGAAGCUCUGAAGGAGACCUUUGACCCAGAAAAGGAGACGGUGCCGGAGGUGGAUCCCAAUGCACAGCUGCUGCAGCCGCCUCCGCCCAUCAAUCCUCUGGACACAAACUGGCCUCUGCUCACCGUGUCCAAGGGCUUCUUUGAAGGUGCCAUUGCAGCGAAAGGGAAGGCAGGUCAGAUGGCUGCAGACCUGGACAUGGACGCUACAGGAGGAGAAGGCUGGGGAGAUGAUGCUGAGCUGCAGCUGGAUGAAGAUGGCUUCAUGGAUGCCCAGGAAGGAUUAGGGGAUGAAGGAGUGGUGAAAGAGGAGGGAGGCGGCUGGGAGGUGGAAGAAGACCUGGACCUUCCUCCAGAGCUGGAUGUUCCAGCCGGUGCAGGUGGAGGAGGAGAGGAUGGCUUCUUCGUCCCUCCCACUAAAGGCAUGAGUCCGACCCAGAUGUGGUGCAACAACUCCCAGCUGCCAGUGGACCACCUCCUGGCCGGCUCCUUCGAAACUGCCAUGAGACUGCUCCACGAUCAGGUGGGGGUGGUGAACUUCGGUCCCUACAAGUCGCUCUUCAUGCAGACGCUGUCCAGAGGCCGCACCUGUUACCUGGGCCUUCCCUCGCUGCCCUGCCUGCGUGGAAAUCCCCAGAGGAACUGGAAGGACUGUGGGGCUAAACAGGGGCUCCCUGCGGUGGGGCUGCGCCUCUCCGAUCUCAUCGCCCGCCUGCAGCAGUGCUACCAGCUGACAACAGCUGGACGGUUCGAGGAAGCAGUGGAACGCUUCAGAGUCAUCCUGCUCUCGGUGCCACUGCUCGUGGUGGAUAACAAGCAGGAGAUUGCAGAGGCUCAGCAGCUGAUCACAAUCUGUAAGGAGUACAUUGUGGGUCUGACCAUGGAGACCGAGAGGAAGAAGCUUCCUAAAGACACGUUGGAGCAGCAGAAGAGGCUCUGCGAGAUGGCUGCCUACUUCACCCACUGCAAUCUGCAGCCCGUGCACAUGGUGCUGGUGCUGCGCACAGCCCUCAACCUCUUCUUCAAACUGCGUAACUUCAAGACCGCUGCAGGCUUUGCUCGCCGUCUCCUGGAGCUCGGGCCGAAGCCAGAUGUUGCACAGCAGACACGCAAGAUCCUGGCAGCCUGUGAGAAGACCCUGACGGAUGCCCAUCAGUUGAACUACGACCCCCACAAUCCAUUUGACCUGUGCGCGGCCUCUUUCGUCCCCCUCUACCGCGGACGCCCCGUGGAGAAGUGUCCUCUGUCUGGAGCCUGCUACUGCCCCACUUACAAAGGCCAGAUCUGCAGGGUCACACAGGUGACUGAGAUCGGCAAGGAUGUCAUUGGCCUGCGUGUGAGUCCACUCCAGUUCCGUUAGGAAGAUGACAAGAAGUCGAGAAAGAAACACAUCCUCUUUUAAUCUGUAGAAAUAUUACAGUUAUGUCAUGCUAAAUGGAAGCAGAGAUAUAUGUGGUCAUGGUGAUGAGAAACCUGUUUAAUCCUUUCUGUUUCUGAGCACCACCUAUCUUACAAAAAGCUUUUUCGUGUAAGUGCUGCUGGCUCCACUCUGUGCUGUGUCCUUCAUUAGAAGUGUCAAAACCUUCACUCAUGUCUCCUUUCUGACUUAUAUGGAAUGAAUAACUCAGCUUUUCUCUAUGUAUCUGCAAACAAUUAAAUAAAAAGAUCUGUCUAUGAA